AUGUCAGCCACGAAGGACAAGUCUAAGGUUCAUAAAUUGUCCCUGAAAGGGUCGUCCAAGCUUGUGGCAGAAUUCUUUGAAUAUUCUAUCAAUUCCAUCCUUUUCCAGCGGGGCGUCUAUCCUCCAGAAGACUUUACGACUGUCAAGAAAUAUGGCCUCAACAUGCUUAUUACUUCGGAUGACCAGGUCAAGGCCUACAUCAAAAAGAUCAUGUCGCAGUUGAAUAAGUGGAUGAUGGGGGGCAAGAUCUCUAAACUUGUUGUGGUCAUCACAGACAAGGAAACCGGGGAGCACGUGGAGAGGUGGCAAUUCGAUGUCCAGAUAUUCGGGAAACACAGCAAGAGCACAAAGUCUCGGGCUUCCGGUGAUAAAGAAAACGCUGGCCCAGAGAACGCCGACACUCAAGCCUCGGUUGAGAAAACAGAGAAAGAGAUUCAAGAAGAAAUUCAAGCAAUUUUCCGGCAGAUUACCGCUUCAGUCACCUUUCUCCCUGUCCUCGACGGAGACUGCACAUUUAACGUCCUCGUGUACGCCGACGCCGACUCAGAGGUACCAGUCGAAUGGGGUGACAGCGACGCCAAGGAGAUCAAGAACGCAGAGAAGGUCCAGCUCAGGAGUUUCAGCACGAACAACCAUCGUGUAGAGACAUUGGUCAGCUAUCGCCUCGCUGACUAG